GUUUGUAAAUAGUUGCACCUACUAUGGGUUAACCAUGGCUGCCAGCAACCUUGGAGGAGAUGUGUAUGUUUCUACAGCUCUUAGUGGGUUGAUAGAGAUUCCUGCAUGUAUCACAGCUGCUGCAGUUAUUGAUAGAGUUGGUCGACGUAUAACAUUAUGUACAGCUAUGCUGUUGGGAGGAACAGCCUGUAUUUGCAUUCAGUUUAUACCAGUGAAGUAUGUUACUGUCAUAACUGGUCUCGCACUUUGUGGCAAAUUAAGCAUUUCUGCAAGUUUUUCUGUUGCUUAUGUUCAUAGUGCUGAAAUAUUUCCCACCAUUAUUCGUAACUCGGCUGUUGGCAUUGUUUCUGUUGCUGCAAGGGUGGGUGGCAUAGUUGCUCCCUUCAUCCUUAUGCUGGGUGACUACAUUCCAAAUAUGCAAUUUACUGUCUUUGGUAUAAUGACAUUCUUGGCGGGAAUGAUGAACCUGAAGCUGCCUGAAACACUGGGGCAACCAAUGCCUGAAAACAUAGCAGAUGUAAUUGCAUUCCGUAAUAAUGAGAAGGUAGUGAAAUCUGGUAAGAAGUACCAGAAACUGAAGAUGCUUGAUGAAGAGGUGGGGGCUGAGACUGUGAGGCCUCGCACCCCUACCAAGAAGGGGGAAGUUGGAGAAGACCAGGAACCCCUUCUGGAAGAGUAGCAGCUGAUGGACUUAAGACAUUUUAGACAAAAUUUUUCACCUUUACAGAUAUGAGUGAGAUUUUAUGAAGAGGUUAUAAAGCUUUUUCUUUCUUGUUGUUCUUCGUCAUCAUUAUCUAUUUAUUAUUAUUAGUAGUAGUAAAAUUAUUAUUAUAAUAUAUAUUUAGAUGAUGAUGAUCAUCAUUAUCAUCAUCAUUGUCACUGUUGUUAUUAUUGUAACGGUUACGUUGUCAUGGUAAUGGUGAUGAGGAUGAUGAUUAUGAUCAUGAUUAUGGUCAUGAUGAUUAUUGUCAUGAUGAUCAUGAUCAUCAUCAGCAGCAUCAGCAGCAAUAUUGGUAUUAAUUUUAUUAGUAAAAUUAAUGUUAUUAAUAUUAUCAAUAUUGAUUGUAGUAGUAUUGAUGAUGAUAUUGAUAUUAUUAAUAAAAGGGUGACUAAGCACUGGUUAAACUAUUUACUUCUAAAGAAACUAAACAAACCAAACUCAUUAUUGUCAUCAUUAUCAUUAUAUGUUUAUAUACUGUUGAACUUAACUGUUUUUUUGAUACAAAUAAUUAUAUGAUUCUUUCAAUGAAUGGAUUUAUAUACAGGUAUAUAUAUAUUUUAUGCAAACAAAAGGAGAGAGUUGAUAUUGAGCAAACAUGUGUGUUCAAAGUGGUGAUUAACAUGUUAAGCUGUUUUAACCUAUUUCAAAUGAUAAUAUAUAUAUAUGAAAUACGUGUUAUAAGGUACUUAAUGAGUUAAGAUUAAAAUGUAGUGCAAUGUUUUUUAAUUUAUAUUAUGUUUUUAGGGUUUGAAGAUUUGAUUUUUUUUAUAUAUUACAAGUAGGAAAUUACUUGUUCCCUUCAAAACUAGAAUAAUUGCUUUAGCCUUAUAAGUGUUCAUAUAUUUAUUUUAAAAUAUUGAAUAGUAAAGUGUAUAUACAGAUAUGAAUAUUUACAGGCUUGAAACAAUACCAGUCUGGUGCUUUUUAAUGUUUUAUCAUAAUACAGUUCAGUCUACCUGGCUUGAAAUAUAUUUUAUUUGUAAUUAAAUACAUUUAGCUAAUUUUCUGCCUGCCAUUUUUUAAAAUGUUUUAUUAUUUUUGUCAAACAUUCCAUUGAUGCUAUUGAUCAGUCAGGAUGAGAUUGAGGAUAAUUUAUAGCUCAAUGCUUUAUUCCAUUUAAAAUAACAGGUAAAUAAUCUUUUUUAUAAAUUUUUAAAGUCACACCAAAACCACUCUUGCACUUAAAUAUACUAUAUUUAAAUAAUAGAUUAUUCCAAAACACUCCAUCAUGCAUCCUGUUAUAUGCACAUAAAGAACUGGUCAAAUAAAGGAAAUACUGCUAGUACUUUAAUACUUGGAUACUUUCUCCACUCUUAGUUUUUUUACGCAGUACUAAUGUUUACCACAAGCAAUAGGAGAAUGGGUCAGCAGUAGUGCCUCUGGCAGUAAUUACAGAUAGCAUUAUUUUUUGGGGAUUAGUAACUCCAGAGAUGCCACUAGUUGUGGUAAAGCUGCUCUCCUUUCAGUUCUUGGUAUAGAUUGGGAAAUGGAGGAUAUUUUUCAGGUAUUGAAGUACCAGCAGUACUUCCCACCCCUGGAACUGCCUCUUUACGCUUCCAUUUGUACAAUAACUUGCAAUAAAUUAAUGAAGAAUUCCAGAAAGAGAACUCUGUUAUUUUUCUUGUGAAUUAACUUUGAAAGUUAAAAUGCUCUCUUUGAAAUAACUUCCAUGACUAUAUAACACUUGAAUGUUUCUAAGACCGUCCACAUCUGCUUGGUCUUUGUGGAGACCAAAACUCCUCACUUUUAUGUGUCUUGGGUAAAAUAUGACAGGGUGUUUUCUGUUACAACAGAACUAUAAGAAGGUUUGAGUACAAUUUAAAGUUGUUGAGCCAUUUUAAAAGAAAGCAUUUAAUAAAGAUUAUGAGAUGUUGGUAA